AUGGUCUUUCUAAUUUCAGCACUGGAAAAUUAUUUUUCAUUUAUUGACAAAGUUAAACCAACUACUUUAUUUUAUGGAUUAUUAUCAUUUACUGCGAUUCUCGCUAUUUGGGAACAUUAUCUUUCAUACCGACAAUAUUGUAAUUAUAAACGUCGUCAAAAUGUUCCACCCGAAUUGAAAGAUGUAAUGACAAAUGAACAACUUGAAAAAGCUCGUUCAUAUGCUAUCGAUAAAAUGUAUUUUAGUCAAAUUCGUUCAGUAUUUAAUGAAAUUGAAACAAUAGUUCUAUUAUUAAUUGGUAUUUUACCAUGGGUAUGGUCAUUAUCAGGAAAUAUAUUAUCAAAAUAUAACUAUAAUAAUUAUGAAAUUUUACAAUCAAUUGUCUAUGUUUUUAUUACUAUGAUAUAUUCAAAUGUAACAGGACUUCCAUGGUCAUAUUAUUAUCAUUUUGUUCUCGAAGAAAAACAUGGAUUUAAUAAACAAACACGUGCCUUUUUUAUUAAAGAUACAAUAAAAAAAUUACUUCUUACAUUAGUAUUAACAGUACCAAUUUUAUCUCUUUUACUUAAAAUAAUUCAGAUAGGUGGUGAUUAUUUUUUUGUUUAUGUUUGGCUUUUUAUUACAACGAUGUCAUUAGUUUUUACAUUUAUUUAUCCAAAUUAUAUUGCACCAUUAUUUGAUCGUUAUGAACCAUUACGUGAAGGAGAAUUACGUUCAAGUAUUGAACAACUUGCAGAAAAACUUAAAUUUCCACUUGCAAAAAUCUAUGUUGUUGAAGGUUCGGUACGAUCGGCACAUUCAAAUGCUUAUUUCUAUGGAUUUUUUAAAGCAAAACGUAUUGUUCUAUAUGAUACUCUUAUUAAAGGAUAUAGUACUCAUAAGAAUAAAGAUAAAAUUGAUAUUACUGAUAAAGAAGAUAAAUCAAAUGAAACAAUACAAAAAGAACAUGAUGAAGAAAAUAGUACAUUAAUGCAUCGUAAAAUUAGUGAUAAUAUAAACAAUAUAGUAAAUGAAGAUGAACAACCAGUAAAGAAAAAACUUGAUAAAGGCUGUGAAUCAGAUGAAGUUCUUGCUGUAUUAUGUCAUGAAUUUGGACAUUGGUCAAUGAAUCAUAAUAUUAUCAAUCUUUUAUUUGUUAUAUUUGCUGCUCUUUUUAAACGUCCUGGUCUUUAUGCUGCAUUUGGUUUUACACAGACUCGACCAAUCCUCAUUGGUUUAUUAAUUAUUUUUCAAUAUGUUCUAACAUUUUAUUCUGAAAUUUUUCAAUUUGCUUUAACGGUACUAUCACGUCGUUUUGAAUUUCAAGCUGAUAAUUUUGCAGUUAAACUUAAUCAUGGCGAACCAUUAGGUCGUGCAUUAAUAAAACUUCAAAUGGAUAAUAUGACAUAUCCAUAUUCAGAUUAUCUCUAUGCUACAUAUCAUUACUCACAUCCAACAGUACUUGAACGUAUGAAAGCUAUUAAAACAAUCAAACAAAAUUAA